GGGAAUGGAUGACAACCAAGUCAUAUCCAAGAAUGAACUUCAAAGACUAGCAGAUGAUACACAACUAGAAGAGGAAGUAGUAGAGUUUCUACAAGAACACGCAGAGACCUUUGUGGAAAGCGUCACCGACUUUGCUUGUACCUUAGCGAAACAUCGGAAUAGUAACAAGUUAGAAAGUUGUGAUAUUCAAUUAGCUUUGGAACAGUUAUGGGGAAUGAGAGUACCUUGUAUAGGACAAACAGUUCCUACUUUAAGGAAACCCUCCAUUUUACCUGCUCAUACUUAUCGAAUGCAAGUUAUUGAUAGCGAACAAAACUUAAAAGGAGAAAGAAGGUCGUCUUCUGGUGGCCGAGUAUCUGGGAAGAUAAAAAAGGCAGACCCUAAGGCCAAUAAACCAAAUAAGAAGGGAGAAAUCAAAGCUUGUAAGAAGGAAGCAAACUCUGAGCAAGUGACUUGAUUUGUCAUUCGCCUAGUAAGUCGCUGAAACUGCAGAAUACUUAUUCAAAACUACAAAUUGCGAAACUUUACAUUCUUUGGAAUAUGACUGAUACUAUCGGAUAUAUUGGUAGAGAUAAAUAUGUGAUGGCCUUACAAGAAAUAAACUCUGUAGUUUUCUACAUUUGUAAACAGAUGAAAAGUUGCUGUUCUCAUAGAACAAACCAAUGAAUAGCAUCGAACUAUGAUAUAAAGUAGUUCUCAGAAAU